GUUGAGCGGGGCGGAAGAACCCUGGAUUCGGAGUCAACCUUUUAUGGGCGGAGGAUAAAAGAGAGGAAAAAACUCAAGGUUUCUGCCGAGAGCGGGACUCUGCGCGCUGCGCCGCAGUGACGACAUUCGUCCGCGCCCUAAGCCGAGCGUUGUCCACUCCGGGCGGCAAGCGCCUGCGCAGUGGCUCCGAGCGGGCGGUUGCUUAUUGGUUGUUGUAGUAACGGGGGAAGCAGCCGUCUGCGGCGGCAGUGAGCCUGGCAGGGGAGGAGGAGCGAGGUAGGCGCAGAGCGCGGUGCCCGCCUGCCUGCCCCGAGCCAGGGGAAGAUGAGACAGGAAUCUGUGCCACCCAAAGUGUUUGAUCCAGUGAAUCUGCAAGGAAAGAUCUCUCAGGCACCCAUCUGCUGACUGCAUGACAAGCCCUAAAGGAAAUGCCAGUUGUGAUGGCCCAGGACCUGGAGGAAACAGCAUCAUCCUCAGAGGAUGAGGAGGUGGUAAGCCAAGAGGACCACCCCUGUAUCAUGUGGACUGGAGGCUGCAGGAGAAUUCCAGUUUUGGUAUUCCAUGCUGAGGCUAUUCUGACAAAGGACAACAAUAUUCGAGUAAUUGGAGAACGUUAUCAUUUGUCUUACAAGAUUGUGCGAACAGACAGUCGCCUGGUACGCAGCAUUCUGACAGCCCAUGGAUUUCAUGAAGUUCACCCAAGCAGCACUGACUAUAAUCUAAUGUGGACCGGCUCCCACCUGAAGCCCUUCUUACUUCGCACCCUCUCUGAAGCACAAAAGGUUAAUCACUUUCCCAGGUCAUAUGAACUAACCCGGAAGGACCGUCUGUACAAAAACAUCAUUCGAAUGCAGCAUACACAUGGAUUCAAGGCUUUUCACAUCCUCCCUCAGACCUUCCUGCUGCCAGCUGAGUAUGCAGAAUUCUGUAAUUCCUAUUCAAAGGACCGGGGACCUUGGAUAGUAAAACCAGUGGCCUCUUCUAGGGGGCGGGGCGUCUACCUGAUCAGCAAUCCAAACCAGAUUUCCCUGGAAGAGAACAUCCUGGUCUCCCGUUACAUUAACAACCCCCUGCUCAUAGAUGAUUUCAAGUUUGAUGUGCGCCUCUAUGUGCUUGUAACUUCCUAUGAUCCUCUUGUCAUCUAUCUCUAUGAAGAAGGAUUGGCUAGGUUUGCAACUGUGCGGUAUGAUCAAGGAACCAAGAACAUUAGGAACCAGUUCAUGCACCUGACAAACUACAGCGUGAAUAAGAAGAGUGGAGACUAUGUCAGUUGUGAUGAUCCAGAAGUGGAGGAUUAUGGGAACAAAUGGAGCAUGAGUGCUAUGCUUAGAUAUCUGAAACAAGAAGGCAGAGAUACAACUGCACUGAUGGCCCAUGUGGAAGACCUGAUCAUUAAGACUAUAAUCUCUGCUGAACUAGCUAUUGCUACAGCCUGUAAAACUUUUGUUCCUCAUCGCAGCAGUUGUUUUGAACUCUAUGGCUUUGACGUGCUUAUAGAUUCUACUCUGAAGCCAUGGUUGUUGGAAGUGAAUCUCUCUCCUUCUUUGGCCUGUGAUGCACCUCUGGACCUAAAGAUUAAAGCGAGUAUGAUUUCAGAUAUGUUCACUGUUGUAGGAUUUGUGUGCCAAAAUCCUUCCCAGCGGGCAUCAGCGCGGCCAAUUUAUCCUACCCUUGAGUCUUCCAGGCGAACUCCCUUCCAGAAACCUCAGCGUUCCCGUCCACUCUCUGCCAGUGAUGCGGAAAUGAAAAACCUUGUGGGCUCAGCCCGGGAGAAGGUGCCGGGGAAGUUAGGUGGUUCUAUGCUCGGUCUGUCAAUGGAGGAGAUAAAAGUUUUACGGAGGGUGAAGGAAGAGAAUGAUCGGAGAGGUGGAUUUAUUCGCAUAUUCCCUACAUCAGAGACAUGGGAAAUAUAUGGGUCCUAUCUUGAACACAAGACCUCCAUGAACUAUAUGUUGGCAACACGUCUCUUCCAGGACAGGGGAAAUCCAAGAAGAAGCUUGUUGACAGGAAGAACACGAGUGACUGCUGAUGGAGCCCCAGAACUGAAGGUAGAGAGUCUGAAUUCAAAGGCCAAGCUGCAUGCUGCUCUUUAUGAAAGGAAGCUCCUGUCUUUGGAGGUGCGAAAACGUAGACAACGGAAUGGCAGAUUGAGGUCAAUGAGGCCAAAAUACCCAGUGAUUACCCAACCGGCUGAAAUGAAUGUUAAAACUGAGACAGAGAGUGAAGAGGAGGAAGAAGUUGCAUUAGACAAUGAAGAACAGGAAGCUUCCCAGGAGGAGUCUGCAGGGUCCCUUGGAGAAAAUCAAGCCAAGUACACACCCUCAUUGAGAGUUAUGGUAGAAAAUGCACCCAAAGAAAAUCCCCCAAAGGUUCCUGAAUGGAAUAAUAAAGGUGACCAGGGCUGCAAAAUUGAGACUCAGGAGCCAGAGCCUAAAUUUAACCUGAUGCAGAUUCUGCAAGAUGAUGGCAAUCUUAGCAAAGUGCAGGCCCGAAUAGCAUUCUCUGCCUAUCUCCAGCAUGUUCAAAUUCGCCUGAUGAAAGACAGUGGAGGCCAAACAUUCACUGCCAGUCGGGCUGCCAAAGAGGAUGAACAGAUGGAGCUAGUGGUUCAUUUUCUCAAGCAAGCAUCAAGUAACCUCCAGCACUCACUGAGAAUGGUAUUACCCAGUCGACGAUUAGCGCUUCUGGAACGCAGAAGAAUCUUGGCCCACCAGCUAGGUAAUUUUAUCACUGUGUACGACAAGGAAACAGAACAAAUGGCUGAAAAGAAAUCAAAGAAGAAACUUGAGGAAGAAGAGGAAGAUGGGGUGAAUAUGGAAAACUUUCAGGAGUUCAUCAGACAAGCAAGUGAGGCAGAACUGGAGGAGGUGUUGACUUUUUAUACCAAAAAAAACAAGUCUGCAAGUGUCUGCCUGGGGACUCACUCAAAAAGUUCUAAAAACAGCCACAGUAAUUCUGAUAGCGGGGCAAAGGGUGAUCACCCUGAGACUAUGGAAGAAGUGAAAAUAAAGCAGCCCAAACCGCAACAGACAACAGAAAUUCACUCUGAUAAAUUAUCUCGAUUUACCACCUCUGCAGAAAAAGAGGCUAAAAUAGUCUAUACCAAUUCUUCCUCUACUUCUUUCUCUGGUCCUGCUGCUACUCUCCGGCAGAAAAUUCCCAACACCCAUUUGUCAUCUAUUAUUACAACCUCUGACCUCUCACCAGGGCCAGGCCACCAUUCUUUAUCUCAGAUUCCUCCAGCUAUCCUCAGCAUGCCUCACCAGCCAACAGUUUUACUGAGCACAGUCCCCAACAGUGCCUCUCCCUCCGUACAUCCUGGGACACAGAACGUACCAAGCCCUGCUGGCCUGCCACGCUGUCGAUCAGGCAGUUACACCAUUGGCCCCUUUUCCUCUUUCCAAAGUGCUGCACAAAUCUAUAGCCAGAAACUGUCUCGUCCCUCUUCAGCAAAGGCAGGUUCAUGCUAUCUGAGCAAGCAGCAUUCAGGAGCAGCCAAAACACAAAAAGAAGGGGAAGAUGGCUCUUCAUACAGCAAAUGGUACGACCAAAGUAUGGUGACAGCGGAACUUCAGCGGCUGGCUGAGAAGCAGGCAGCAAGGCAGUAUUCUCCAUCCACUCCCAUCAGUCUCCUCACCCAGCAGGUAACAAACCUGAACAUGGCAAGUGACGUCACAAGCAGAAACAGUGCUUCAACUCCCCCAACCCUUCGACCAGUCAUCAGGCCUAGUGGCCCAACUUGCUCAAUACAGUCAGACCCUCAAGCUCCCGAGAGCCACUCCACCCCUCCUGGAAGCAGGAGCCUCCAUACAGGUGGCUUUUCCUGGGAGGGAGAGAUAGAGAACGACGCGUACAGCAAGGCUGCAGGGGUGGCUCCCCAGCGCAAGUAUUACCCCCCAGCCGGCAGUUACCAACUUCAUUUUGCCCUGCAGCACCUUGAACAACAAAAACUUCAUUCCCGGCAGCUUCUGGACCAGAGUCGAGCCCGGCACCAGGCAAUUCUUGGCAGCCAGACACUACCUAACUCCAGUUUAUGGACAAUGAAUAAUGGUGCAGCUUGCAAACCUACAAGUGCCACAGCUAGUGGCCAGAAGCCAAGCACUCUACCACAAAAAGUGGUGCCACCUCCGAGUUCUUCCUCCUCCCUCGUCCCCAAACCCCCAUCCAAUCACAAACAAGUCCUCAGAAAUGCAGCAUCCCAGAGGGCUUCCAAAGGGUCCUCCGCAGAAGGACAGCUGAAUGGACUCCAGAGCAGCCUUAACUCCGCAGCCUUUGUGCCCAUCGCCAGCUCCACAGGAUCUUUGGAAGCUCCCCGAGUCAUUUUCGCCAGAUCCAAACCCUUGCCCACACAAUCUGGAGCCCUUGCUACAGUUAUAGGACAGAGAAAAUCAAAGUCGGUUAAGGUAACAGUAAGACUCCUACGCACACAGAAAGAUGAACUGCAAACCCGUGGAGGAAGAACCUGUUCACUAGUCCCAUUGCUCCUGGGUGCGUGACGGAGGGGGAGGCACCCAGCAGUGGGGGAGGCACCCAGCAGUGCAGCAGGGCGGCCAGAGUAUAUUUUUGCUGCCUCGGUCCCCAGAGCCUUUGAGCUGAUGUGGCAGCAGAUUGUUACCUGUCAGCCAAUCCAGAUUUUUACUGAGACGACAGAAAAUCACAUCAGCUGGGUGUUGAUGGAACUUAGCAAUGGGGACAUUGAACUGAUGAAUUAUAUACCCCAUCAGAGCACAUGUGUAUCUUUUACCCCUUUCCCCCCUUCCCCGCCUGCGUAGUAGGUCUUCUCUGUCCCUCUCCUGCUACCACACAGAGAUGAUAUAAAACAGGCUCUUUGGCUAUUUGCAUUUUGCUUCCUCUUCUUUUCCAGAUUGCAGUAUUAAGCUUUACUGCCUACAUGACUAAAAUCCCCACAACAUUAUCUACCAAAGCUGUUCUUGCCUUUUCAGAGGGUCUGACGGGAAGGGGGAUGCUUACAGGGUAAGUUGCCCAGAGAGGAGAGAAGUUAGUAUGCUGCUGACCACAGAAGCCACAGCAAAGGCCCCCUUUGCAAUUACUGAUUUCUAAUAAUAAAGUAAUUCUAUUUUUAUUUUCUUUUUUUCCAUUUACUAAUUUCCCAACAAUCAGUAUUCACAAAAACUGAAAUGGGAUCAAAUUCUCAUUUUAUUUCAUGGCUGGGCAAUUUUUUAAGCUUCAUUUUAGAAAUGUGAACUCUAAAGACAUGCUUUAUUCUUACAUUUGGUUUCAACAGAUGGUGGGUGCAGGCUGUCCCCUAAGGGCAGCGCCUGCACCUGGGAAGCUGGUGUGUGCAAACGUCCCCAUGAUCAGGCCACAGCAGGCAGGCCCGCUGGCGGCCUGUGCGUCCAUCCAACUGCGCACUCUUCACUGAAACAGUGCAUCGGACUGAUGCCGCAUAGCCUCUGUUUGCUUUCUGCUUGACCUCUGCUCUCUCGCUUCCUUAGCAUUCCUAGGUCCUUUCUCUGGCUUCUAGUGGAGAAAAGGUUUAAAGGUGGGCUGCAGAGCCCACCAAAGGAUUGAUUUAGCUGCCUAGGGUGUUAUUGGGUGUGAACCCAGUGUCUGGGGUUUCUACAACAAGGUGCUAUAGACUCAGCAUUGUCCUUUUCCUGGAGGAAAAAUGACACCCAAAAAGGCAGAGAAAAAAGAGACUUUAUUGCCUUCUCAGUGAACGAAAACAGAUUUGAGCACACUGAAACAUUUUGGUUUUGUGAGGAAUGAAGUCUAUCAGUUGCAAGAGAGAAGAGAGAAUGUAUUCCAGAUAUUCCUGGGACUUCUGGUUAGUAGUUAAAAGACCAUCUUAACCAUUUGCUAACUUGGUUAUGUAUUGGUUAGGAGACAAAUUGGAAUUCCUUCAGAAUCCGCUGCUAGUGUGUAGAAUUGUGAAAUAAGGUAUUUGGGGAGACUCACCAAAUGGAUCUUGAGAAAAAGGAUAAGGGGAGAAUCCCAGCAAAAGAACUUUUGGACCAACUGGAGUGCUUGGAAUUGCCCUCAGCAACCAUCGGGAUUGAAGCCUCAAGCCAAUCUCUCACUGCGUUCAGCACAUGCCCAUCAGGUGUAGGACCAGACUCCAGACCUCUCCCUUCGUUCACCCAAAUACUUCCAAGUCACUUUUACUGGUACGGACUUCUAUUGGUAAUAAACCCAGUAGAUCAUACCAUCCUCCCUCUAGCAACAGUGCCAUUUCUGGUGUCCCUCCUGACCCUCCCUGAAAACAAGCAUGUAUUUUUGCAGAUGACAGACAGUGGUUCAACUUUCUGUAGUAUCUGUAAAACAUGACGUGGAAUGGGGAGGCUGGGCUGCAAACCUGCCGAUAUUUGUAUCUGCCAAUUAAUAGAGCUCUAAGAUUCAAAGCACAUUUGGGAUCCUGGAGUGUUCUGCUUCCUUUGGGGUACUUCUCAGUGCCUUGGUCCAUUAGGAUGAAGCACAGGCCAGUGUUUUAGUGACAUCCUGUGAAGCUGAAUGAAAAGGAGCCUAUGGCCAGAUCAUGUCUCUCUUCCUGACUUAAGCCUCAAGUUAGCACCAACAGUGUCAAGUAUAUGCAGUGCUUCUCAAAAUGGAGUUUUCAACAGCCUGGACCCUACCCCAGGCUGAAAGGUAUCUCUAGAGCUGCAGCCUGAAGUUGUACAUUUUUAGUAACCACUUGGGUGAGUCUUCAUACCCACUGAAAUUUGAGAAUGGCUGCCACAAGUGACUAGGUUCUGAAACCUGGGAUUGCAGGAGCCCGUGGCCGCCACGCCGGGUAGGCUACUUUACACUCUGGACCCACUGGCUCCCUUGGGUAAUGCAGAACACAGUCCCACCAGCCACGGUCAGGGCAGGAACAUACCCUGAAGUACAGUGGAAUAAAUGGGUGCCACAUGGGAUGGAGGCUGAGAGAGACGCCCUUAGAAUUGGCUAAGCAUGGAUAAAGCAGGAAAGAAUCUUGGUGACCAAAUUCAGGAGUU